AUGAAUCGAUCGCUGAUAGACAGAAAUAAGGCCAAAGCUCUUCAAGCCGGAUUCAGAGACAGAGAUAACCCGUAUGAAACACCGGUAGACUACAUUGUUUGGAACGCCAAAAUGCUUACUCUAUUUAGCGACUGGACCAAAUCUGAACUAAUUACGGAGAUCAUGAACAGCGCUCCUGAACAUUGGUCAUUGUAUAUAGAUACAUCUGUAGGAACUACAUGGGACAACUUCUUGGACAAAGUUGCAUGGCAUGAAGACCGCUUGCUGAGACAUGAUAAUAAUAUAUCUCAGGACAUACAGAAGCAGCUCAACGAAAUGAAAGAAAUUCUGAAAAAUAUCGAAAUUCAACUGGAUUCCAACGUCAAGACGAAUCGCUCCAGUCAAUGGGAUUACAAAGAGUUAAGCGACAACGAGAAUACGAGUGAGAACAAGAAUACGAGUGACAACGAGUCUGAAAUCAACAAAAAAGCCUCUACUCAAGACUCCUACCAAACCCUUUGA